AUGGAUGUGUAUGGGUUUCCGCCUUAUCCGUACAAUCAGUCGGAUGAAUUGGCUAAGCAAACCUUUGCUCAGCAGGCUUUAGGUUCGACGGUUCCUUACCCUAAUCGUAUGUUACCGGAGCCUCACGUAAUGCCUGUGCCUACUGGAGCACCUUGGAACGUUCAUGGUGUCUCGUGGGGUAUGCCAUCACCCCCAGGGCUUGUACAUUUUACGGCGGCGGGUAGACAGGCUUUAAACGCACAGGAGCAAAGGCUAAGUCCACUUAUAUAUUGCAAAAGAAAAAGUUUGGAUGUAGAACCGGUAAUACCGGCAAAGCAACGGAUUACUGAAGAAAAAAUGGCAGCUCACUUAAGUGGGUUGCACAUAUCAUCAGAAUAUACCUCUCAUUCUCUAGCAGCAGAUGACACUAUGGACAUAAAUAUGGAACCACCCACACCAUCUACAUCAUCUUUGUCAGCCAUGGAGAAGCUAAAGGGACACACAAUAGUGCUCUCCGAGGAGCUAAAGAAGCUACAAGAUGAGCCACUAUUACCUGCUGCACUUAUUGAAAGAAUGGAGAAGCCCCGAAUGUCCCUAGUGGUAUGGAAGCCGAGAGAAAACAUUUUAGAAACACUAAAAGAAGAUGAGAAGCAAAACAAAGAUGAGCAGGAGCCACAAAGAAGAAAUGGAGUUCUUGUCCACCAAUUAGUUGAUGAUGUUGAUAUGUGA